UCUCUCUUCUUCCCUGCCCAAGCUCCCGCCUCCCUCCACAGCCCCAGGACAGUGACCGCUCCUGGGAGGACAGUGGAGAAGCUGCAAGAUGGACAAGAGAAACAAAAUGCAAGCAGAGAAGCACCUCACGGGAACGCUGAUCCUCUCCGUCUUCACUGCAGUGUUGGGCUUCUUCCAGUAUGGCUACAGUCUGGGAGUCAUUAAUGCCCCCCAGAAGGUGAUUGAAGCCCACUAUGCACGUGUGCUGGGCAUCAGCCCCCUGGACACAUAUGCCCCAAACACCUCUGAGGAGGUCAGUGCCAGCCCCGUCCCUGACGUGGGGCCCUGGGUGGCCACCGAAGGCACCCCCGCACCCCCGGAUGACGGCGCUGAGGACCUUGCUGCCUCCUCGCACGUCCUCACCAUGUACUGGUCCCUCUCCGUCUCCGUCUUUGCCAUCGGGGGCAUGGUCUCCUCCUUCACCGUGGGCUGGAUCGGCGACCGGCUGGGCAGGGUGAAAGCCAUGCUGGUGGUGAACGUCCUCUCCAUUGCUGGGAACCUCCUCAUGGGGCUGUCGAAAUUUGGGCCGUCUCACAUACUCAUCAUCGCCGGGAGAGCAGUCACAGGGCUGUACUGUGGGCUCUCCUCGGGACUCGUGCCCAUGUACGUCAGUGAGGUGUCUCCCACGGCCCUUCGAGGAGCGCUGGGGACGUUGCACCAGCUUGCUAUCGUCACAGGCAUCCUCAUCAGCCAGGUCCUUGGACUAGAUUUUCUUCUGGGCAACGAUGAGAUGUGGCCCCUACUCCUGGGUCUGUCUGGUGUGGCUGCCCUCCUGCAGUUCUUCCUGCUCCUCCUGUGCCCUGAGAGCCCUCGAUACCUUUACAUCAAACUGGGGAAGGUGGAGGAAGCAAAAAAAAGUUUGAAAAGGCUCAGAGGAAACUGCGACCCAAUGAAAGAGAUUGCUGAGAUGGAAAAGGAAAAGCAGGAAGCUGCCAGUGAGAAGAAAGUCUCCAUAAAGCAGCUCUUCACCUCUUCAAAGUACAGGCAGGCUGUCAUCGUGGCCCUGAUGGUGCAGAUAUCUCAGCAGUUCUCAGGAAUCAACGCGAUCUUUUACUACUCCACAAGCAUUUUCGAGAGAGCUGGGGUCGACCAACCAGUUUACGCAACCAUUGGCGUUGGAGUGGUGAACACAGUCUUCACUGUUAUCUCUGUCUUUCUGGUGGAGAAGGCAGGCAGGCGAUCCCUGUUCAUGGCUGGCUUGAUGGGGAUGCUGAUAAGUGCCGUGGCCAUGACGGUUGGACUUGUGCUUCUGAGCCAGUUUGCCUGGAUGAGCUACGUCAGCAUGGUCGCCAUCUUCCUCUUCGUCAUCUUCUUUGAAGUGGGGCCGGGGCCCAUCCCCUGGUUUAUCGUGGCCGAGCUGUUCAGCCAAGGCCCGCGCCCUGCCGCCAUCGCCGUCGCUGGCUUCUGCAACUGGGCCUGCAACUUCAUCGUGGGAAUGUGCUUCCAGUACAUAGCGGAUCUGUGUGGGCCAUAUGUCUUCGCGAUCUUCGCAGCUCUGCUUCUGGUCUUCUUCCUCUUUGCAUACUUCAAAGUCCCGGAGACAAAAGGGAAGUCCUUUGAGGAGAUUGCAGCUGUGUUCCGCCGCAAGAAGCUCCCAGCCAAAACCAUGACUGAGCUGGAAGACCUGCGGCACAGCGAGCAGGCAUAGACAUCACCACUCACCCAGGAAGGAGAGGCUGAGCCACAAGAACGUUGGACAAAAGUCUCAUUUCACUAAAACAUUCAGCUGGCAGACCAGGAGGACGCAUCCAUCAGAUGCCUUCUGGCUGCUGCAACUCACACCUGAGCCACAGGUGCUAACCUGGUGGUUUGCUCUGAAAUACUCGGCACAAGUGGGCUGUGGGAAGAGCCAGGGAAAGGAUGGCAGAAAUGCGUUAUGCCUGUGUUUCCGUGGCCCACUGCAGGAGCCUGAUGGCACAAUCACCUUACCUAACUGGCACAGCAGAGUCGUCACUCAGCUGGAAUGAUGGAAAGAGGGACUAGCUGGUGCUGUAGCCUCAUGUUUUCACCUUUCUUCCCCAUGCUUACUUCUUCCCUCUCCUGAGUGAUCUGACACUCGAGAAACCAGCUGCUAGCACAGCUGUGCCAGCAGCAUGGCAGUGAUCACCCAAGGAAGGAAAGGAAGGAAAACAGACUGGGCAAACUGCUCCUUACUCUUGCCUUUGCAGAGGGAGAAGGUGGAUCCCACCUGAAUCAGUUGGGACGUGUCUCGCUUGCUUUGCUAGGCAUGCAUUAUGGAAAUGCUGUCCAAUCUCAUAAGGACUUCUCAACUCACAACAUUUUUAAGAGAACCUCAAAAACUGUGACUGGGCUGAUGUGCAUUUUUUCCUCUUUUGUUUUGUUUUGUCUGGUGAAUAGCCAGACUAUUUAUCUCCUCCCUCCCUUAUCCCUGCUGCAGCACAAGACACGGCACAUCACUGACCACACAAUGGGCCUGAGCAUUCCUGGCCCCCAGGACAGGAGACUCAAAUCCCAUGGUGUGACCAUCACCAAGUCUGCUCCUUCCCCAGCCUUCUUUUUGUACAGUGCUCAGACUCACAAGCUCUAGCUUCAGCUGAGGCCUGGGCUCUCCAUACCAUAGCAAUUCAUGACAACCCACCCAAAGGGGACCUGGGUUAACUGGAAGAUGCCCCUCUCAUCCAACUCCCACUUUGCACCACUCACAGGUGUUUCAGCCAAGAUCAGGAAGCCUGACCUGGACCAGGAGGCCUGAUGCUGCAAGCAGGAGGCUGUCUUGUUCCCAUAGCCUUGUUUGUGCUCAUUCUGCCUCUUUAUGAUGUACUUUUAUGUGACAAAAUCAAUCUGCAAAGAUUUGUCUUUUUUUUUUUUUUUUUUGAGGGGGGAGAUGUGUUGAAAUAAUUGUAAAACCCUGCUUGAUUUUUACUAUUUCUAUGUUCCUGGUUGUGAUGGCAGGCUACUUUCUACCAACUUGCUCAGGAUAGAAGCCCAUUAUUUAUUUAGAGAUGAAAGCCCAGCAUUGCUAGGUCUCUGUGAGCUCAUCAUGUCUGCCAGGGAAACAGUGACCAUAAUGUAACCAGAGGAUGAAACACAACGAAAAGCAUGAGAAUACACAGGCCAAGAAGGGUCACAGGCUGCUGCUGUUGGGUCGUUGUUGUUCCUUUCCAUGUGCCUGGACUUGUUUCCUUUGUAGACUUUACUCUCUUGGUAUUAAAACUCUAAAGCAAA